AAUUGAAGAGCAUUGCUGGCGACUGGACGUUUCCGCUUGCCAAAACUCGAAGAGAAAAAGAGAGAGAGAGAGAGAGAGAGAAUGUCGUUCGCAUCCUUCGACUGGCUGCCGUUGUCCGGUCACACUUUGUGCCUGCUGCUGGUGCCGGGUCUGCUGAUCCUCAUCAUCCUGUGGCUCUGCGAUCAUCAGUAUGACAAAGUGCUGGGUCGCCCACCGCCGGGUCCUUGGGGUCUGCCAUUCGUUGGCUACUUGCCCUUCAUCAAUGCCCGAGCGCCACACAAAACGCUGCAGACGCUGGCCCGCCGCUACGAGGGCAUCUACCAGCUGCGCAUGGGCAGCGUCAAGGCGGUGAUCCUCACGGACGUGGCCUUGGUGCGCGAGUUCUUUCGCCACGAGGCGAUGUCCGCCCGUGCGCCGCUCUACCUCACGCACGGCAUUAUGGGUGGAUACGGCAUCAUUUGUGCUGCGGGUGCCAUUUGGAAGCAUCAGCGGCGCGAGGUCAUCGACUGGCUGAAGGCCUUGGGCAUGACACGGCGCCCGGGAGAGACGCGCAGCCGCCUCGAGCAGCGCAUCGGCCGGGGCGUGGAUGAGUGUGUCAAGCUCUACGAAACGGCCGCCACGCUGUGCCCCCUGUUCGAUCCGGUGCCCGCUCUCCAGCACACACUGGGCAACAUUAUCAACGACUUGGUGUUCGGCGUGACGUACGCGCGGCAGGACCCCGACUGGCUGUACCUGCAGCGACUGCAGGAGGAGGGCGUCAAGCUGAUUGGCGUCUCGGGCGUCGUCAACUUCCUGCCCUGGCUGCGACGCCUGCCGUGGAACGAGCGCAACAUUCGCUUCCUGCUGCAGGGCAAGGCCCGGACGCAUGCGCUCUACGAUCGCAUAGUGGCGCGGUGCGAGAAGCGGCUGCAGGAGCUGCAGGUGGAGCAUCGGGAGAGGCAGCGACAGCGCCAGGCGAACAGGGAGCAGGCGGAGGCGGAGGCUGAGGCGGAGGCACAGCAAAACGAGGACCAGGAGCAGCCCGAGCAGGAGGAGGAGCAGCAGCAGCAGCAGGAGGAUGUCUCCGACUCGGACACAGACUCCUAUGAGCCCACAUGCAUUCUGGAGCACUUCCUCAUCAAUCGCGUGCCCUUCUCGGAGCUCUACUGCGACGAGCAGCUGCGCCACCUGCUCGCCGAUCUGUUCGGUGCCGGCGUGGACACCUCCCUGGCGACGCUCCGCUGGUUCCUGCUCUUCAUGGCCCGCGAGCAGCGCUGCCAGCGGCGGCUGCACGAGCUGCUGCUGCCGCUGAGUGCCACGCCCCUGCUGGAGGAGCUGCAGUCGCUGGCCUACCUGCGCGCCUGCCUCUCGGAGGUGCAGCGCAUACGGAGCGUCGUGCCACUGGGCAUACCGCACGGCGCCGAGCGGGACUUCACCGUCGGCAAAUAUCGCAUUGCCGCCGGCAGCAUGAUCGUCUCCCUGCAGUGGGCCAUCCACAUGGACCCCGAGGCGUGGCCACAGCCGGAGCUCUUCCGGCCGGAGCGCUUCCUCAACGAGGAGGGCCACUACUCGGCACCGCCGCAGUUCAUUCCCUUUCAGACGGGCAAACGCAUGUGUCCCGGCGAUGAAUUGGCCCGCAUGAUGCUCACCCUCUUCGCCGGUCGCAUUCUGCGCCAGUUUCACGUGGAGCUGCCGCCAGGCACGGAGGUGGACAUGGAAGGCGAGUCCGGCAUUACCCUGGCGCCCGCUGCCUAUCAGCUGCGCUUCACGAAGCUCUCCAUGGAGCAGAAAGGGCAACUGGACCAGGAGCAGCACUAAAAGGAGUGGCACCUUCACUUCUCCUUCAUUUGUUGUUCCUAACAUU